AAGUAGAUAGCAGCACUUUAUCGAUACGAGACCGAAGUGAUGUCGAACGCGUUCACAACCAGUAAAACCCUGGUAUUGUAACGGUAACGGGAUAACCUAAGGUGUGUUUUCUUGAAUAAAAUUGUCAGAGUCGAAAAUGCCGAAACGUCCAAGAUCAGAUGUUUUUCUCCUGGUACUUAUUCUCUACUUAUUCUCCUUGGGAUGGUGGAGUGAAAUCCGCGAAUACUUGAAUCGCAGAUCACUGAUGAUAGAGUUCGCAGAAAAAUUGCCGGGUCCUCGGACACUGCCCGUUGUGGGAAAUGCCCUGGAAUUGAUGGAAUCUGACAAAACAGUGUACAUACUGACUGAAAUAAGUCGAAAACUAAAAGCUGCGACAUAUCGAUUCUGGAUGGGGCCAAAACUAAAACUCAUAGUAGCGGAUCCCCGCGAUAUCGAGAUUAUUCUAUCGAGCCCCAAAUCAUCGCACAAAGAUGACUUCUAUGAGUUGAUGAACCUUGCGGUGAAAGAGGGUCUUAUAAACUCACACGGUGCAAAAUAUAGAUCCCACAAAAAACUAUUUCUCAAUUUUAUUAACAAUAAUUUUCUCAUGAAAAUAUACAUCGAGCAGUUCAAUAAACAGUCUCGUAUCUUUGUGGAACGUCUGGAAAGUCAAUUGAAUCAACCAGAAUUUGAUAUGCAAAAUUUUUUUGAACUUUGCAUCGGCGAUAUCGUUUUUGAGACUAUGUAUGGCCUGCCAGCAACUGCCCAGAGCGGCCAAGUGAGCCCUUUCUUCGAGUUGGCGGACAUAGCUUUGCAUAUCACUUUCGAACGUUUUAUGAAACCAUGGCUCUGGCCUGAUUUCAUGUUUUUCCUCACUCCGGGUGGACAAAAAUGCAGAAAAAUUGUAAAGGAAGCCUAUGCGUUCAUCGAUAAUGAAGUUAGAAAAAAGAGGGAGAAAUAUCGAGAAUUGAGCCGAGAUAUUAGGAACGACAGCUGGUCAGUAUUUGAUUUCAUAAUUGAUCAGGUUGAGAGAACGAAUGAAUGGACUAAUGAAGAAAUUCGUACUGAGAUUAUCACCAUUUACAUUGGGGCACAUGAUACCCUGGUGGGAACGGGCUGUUUUGUGCUGUUAAUGUUGGCGAUGCACCCCGACGUUCAGGAAAAAGCUCGAGAAGAGGUAAUGAGUGUAGUGGGUGAUCAGGAUGUCAAUGAAGAAAACCUCGCCAACUUGAAAUACCUCGAGAUGGUAAUCCGAGAAACGAUAAGAUUAUUUCCCAUCGGUGCUGUGAUAGGUCGAAAAACUACCGAUGAAUUGAAACUGGCUACCUGUACUGUCCCCAAGGGUUGUUCGCUUUUCGUCUUGUUAUAUGCUCUACACAGGGACCCCAAAUACUGGGAAAAUCCAGAAAAAUUUGACCCAGACCGUCACUCUCCAGAAAACUCUAAAAAUCGCCAUCCCUAUGCCUUCAAUCCCUUCAGCAGAGGUACCAGAAGUUGUCCAGGAAAUAAAUUCGCUCUGAGCUGUCUCAAGGUGAUAGUUGCACACACCAUUCGAAAAUUUAAGUUAAAUACGACGCAGAAGCUUGACACAGUGAAAGUGCAUAGCCAUGUUGCAUCGAGAAGUUUAAACGGCUAUCCGAUUUCCUUGACUAAAAUUUAACCCAAAAUUUGCCUUUGACUUUUCCUUAAUACAAAUAGUAAAUCCAUAUAUUUAGAAAUGCAUGUAUGAAUAGUAAAAUUAUGUAGCAGAAAAUGAUUGUUUCCAUUCGUUCUUGACUAUUUUUUAUUGUUAUUUAAGUUUGCUGAAACAUUUAGGUGUAUAAAGUUACAAAACGUAUGUUUAAGAAACUAUCGAAACAUUACAAGUUCAGUACAAACGGCUACAAAUUCAAUGCGAACAGCAGAAUUAAUUCAUUUUUCAAAAAAGCAACUUCAAUUGCCAGGACGAUACCACUGCGCAUCGCACUCGCGCAAUCAGCAAUGGCGGCGGACUGAGAGAGGGAGGAGAUCGUUGUCGUUUACUGCGUCGUGGUUCGGCAGUUCUGACGCGUGUCCGCGCAUGCUCAAGAUGGCCGACCCCCCCCUGGUCGUGAAGGGGCAUUGUGGCGUUCGCUGCAGGGAUUUUCGGAGAAAAUUGGAGUGAACUAGGCGAGUCAAUUGUUAAUAACAUCGUAAUCGGUUAAUAACGAUGGAGGACAAGGAUUUAAUCACGAAAGUUGAGGUCAUCUUGAGGUAUUAGGAGGUCUAGAAGAGAAAAACGUGCCAUGCAAAUAAAGCACUCACGUCGGCUGCGUUGUUUAGAGACCGUAAGACUAAAUUCUAUUAUUUAAUUAUCGAACAACAUAAUAAUUGAGCAACAAUGACGAUGGACAAUGACUCCAAUAUGAAAUUGGCGAGUGCUCUGGAGUAUUAUCAGCAUUAGAGGCACGAAAAAGUAAAAAUUCGCCAGGAAUAUUUCUCCUUUCCUGCGCAACGUCUCUGCGCAUAUUCUAAAUGGCACAUAACAGUGAUAAAUAUUCUACCAUUAGCCGCGACUAAAUUUCAAGAAAAAUGAGGACAAAAGUCAUGCAAUAAAUUGCAAAGAUGGAGAUAA